AAAUAGCAUCCGUACGCAACUAUUAUGGUAGGGACACACCUUUCUUCCUCCUAGCAGCAAGCUCUACUACGCAAUCGACAUGCGUCUCCUCAUCCUGCUGGUACUAGCACUACAUCUCUCCAGCCACCACACUCCCGCAAUCUCUGCAGCCAGAAGCACGGAGGCACUCUUCCCCGGCCAGUCCCUCGCCACCGGCGACAAGCUCGUCUCCGGCAACGGCAAGUUCGCGCUCGGCUUCUUCCAGCUCGCCGGCGCCGGCAGCACCACUGAUAGCCGCUGGUAUCUUGGCAUAUGGUUCAAUAAGAUCCCCAAUUUCACUCCCGUGUGGGUAGCAUACAGGGAGGAGCCAUUGACGGACCCAAGCUCAUCCGAGCUCUCCUUCUCCGAUGACGGCAACCUCGUCCUGUUCGACAGGGCCACCAACUCCACCAUCUGGUCCAGCCAAGCCAACGCGACGGCGACAACCAACGCCACCGUGCUCGUGCUCCUGGACACCGGGAACCUCGUCCUGCGCCGGCGCUCGGCCGCCGCCAACGCGUCAUCAUCCGGCGCGCUGUGGCAGAGCUUCGAUCACCCGACGGACACCCUCCUCCCCGACGCGACGAUCGGGCUCGACAGGGUCACCGGCCGCACCCGCCGCCUCGUCUCGAGGAAGAACAUGUUCGACCAGUCCCCGGGCGCGUACUCCAUGGAGCUCGGCCUCGCCGGCGUCGUCCGGCUGCUGUGGAACUCGUCCGUGCCGUACUGGUCCAGCGGGGACUGGGACGAGCGGUACCAGUACUUCAGCUCGGUGCCGGGGAUGACGGUGCGCCACCUGUUCGAAUUCACCUUCGUCGACGACGGCCGGGAGGUGUCCUUCGCGUACCACCUGCGCGAUGAGGCCGACACCGUGUACAGCUUCCUCGACGUGUCCGGGCAGAGGAAGGUCCUCCUCUGGCAUGAGAGUUCGCAGGAAUGGUGGACAAUCUACCCGCACCCGGAGCUCCAGUGCGACGUGCACGCCACCUGCGGACCCUUCGCGGUCUGCACCGACGGCGCGACCUCGCCGUGCAGCUGCAUGAGGGGAUUCUCCGUGGCGGCGCCUGAUGACUGGGAGCUCGGUGACAGAACGGCCGGGUGCAAGAGGGACAUUCCCCUGGAUUGCGGUGGCAGCGGCAGUAGUGUCGCCGGACUGGCAGACAGGUUCUACGCCGUGGCAGCCGUGAGCUUGCCGUAUGAUCGACGGAGCGUUGGAGGACACGUCGCAAGCGCAGCUGAAUGCGAGCAGGCUUGUCUGAGCACCUGCUCUUGUUCUGCUUAUUCCUUCGGUAGCAGCGGUUGCAAUGUGUGGCAUGGUGAGCUGUUUAAUGUGAAGCACCUGCAGUUUGCUGUUGCUGAUGCCGCCGCUGAUGACGGCGAAGUUCUUUACCUUCGCCUCGCUGCGAAGGAGUUUCAGACAAGGAAGAAGAACAGGGGGAUGGUCAUUGGAGUCGCCAUCGCAACUGGUAUUGCCGCUUUGAGUCUCGUAGCGCUCAUCUUGCUCCUGAUGGCGAUGGCAAGAAGGAACAGAAGGAAUUUUCACACGUUGAACAGUUUACACGGUGACAGUGGGCUGAUCGCGUUCAGAUACAGAGAUCUCCAGAGAGCGACUAGGGAUUUUUCAGACAAGAUUGGAGCCGGGGGGUUCGGUUCCGUGUUCAAGGGAUCGUUAGACAAUUCCACGACCAUCGCCGUCAAGAGGCUCAACGGCUCCUACCGAGUGGAGAAGCAGUUCAGGGCGGAGGUGAGCUCCAUCGGCAUCCUCCAGCACACAAACCUGGUCAGGAUGGCCGGCUUCUGCUGCGAGCGCGGCAGGAGGCUGCUGGUCUACGAGCACAUGCCCAACCUCUCCCUCGACGUCCACCUCUUCCGGAGCGACGCCGCCGCCGCCGCCCUGAGCUGGAGCACCAGGUACCGGAUCGCGGUCGGCGUCGCGCGGGGCCUGGCGUACCUGCACGAGAGCUGCCGGGACUGCGUCAUCCACUGCGACGUCAAGCCGCAGAACAUACUCCUCGACGGAUCGUUCGGGCCGAAGAUCGCCGACUUCGGGAUGGCGAAGCUCAUGGCGAGGGAUUUGAGCCGGGUGCUGACCACGGCCAGGGGAACCGUCGGGUACCUCGCGCCGGAGUGGAUCGGCGGGAUGGCCAUCACGCCCAAGGUCGACGUGUACGCCUACGGGAUGGUGCUGCUGGAGAUCGUGUCCGGGAGGAUGAACUCGCAGGAGGAGUGCGGCGGCGGCGGCGGUGGGGACGACGACGACGAUGUUGUCUACUUCCCGGUCCUGGCCGCGCGAAAGCUUCUGGAGGGGGAUGUGAUGAGCCUCGUGGAUCGAAGGCUGCGCGGCGACGCCGUCGUCGAGGAGGUGGAGAGGGCGUGCAAGGUGGCCUGCUGGUGCAUUCAGGACAGCGAAGUUGAUCGGCCGACGAUGGGGAAGGUGGUCCAGAUUCUCGAAGGUCUGGUUGAGGUCGAGAUGCCUCCGGUGCCGAGGUUGCUCACGGCUAUCGCGGGGAGAUCCCAUUCGGCCUGCACGUAGCCGUCUUCGUUGUCCAAGCGCGCGCGAUCGUAAUGGUAGCCAAAAUGUAAAAAAGGUUCAUGUACUCGUGCUACAUUUCAAAAUGCAAGUUAUUAUUUUAGUUUUGUCCUUAGUUAAUUUUUUAAAAACUUUAAUCAAGUAGUUGAAAAUGUUGAUGUGGAGAGGCUACAAGCUGAGUCGAUUCUUAGAAAUUGAGUUUAUUUGUUGUACACAUAUAU